UUACGGAAGUGUAACCUCGUCAUAAACAGGAGUAAGCUCAGUCAUUUGUGUUGUAGUGUCUAAUGUAAACGUUGUUUAAUUUUUAAAGUUACAGUAGUCACCGUUUAGACAGCAGUUUGCUCAGGACUCGCUUAGCUUCAAAAAGGCGUCUGUUAACCCCGUUAGCUCGUGAACUGUAGCAGGAAUCAUUCACUUAGCCCGAGUAACUAGCUAGCUAGCUCAAAAUUGCAGACCCUUCCAUCUGUUUCAGUUCCUCUAAAGCAGAUAUGGGUGUCUGGUCGUGAGUCCUGGUGUAUUUGAAGACCGUAUGAAGUGUCUACAGACUUCUUGUAACUAGCACACCUACUUAGUUUGCUGCCGUUUGUGGACACGUUGACUAAAGCUAACUGCUAGCUCGCUAACCCAACGUUAGCACCAUGGGAGCCGAACAGAGCGGCGAUGCGGAGCACAAACACUCCGACUACAGCUCGUCAGUUUUUACUGUCAUUGCAGUGGUGCCAUCUCCAGCAAAGCAGAAGGCAAAGAUGGAUGAUAUUGUGGUUGUGGCACAGGGGACCCAGUCAAUGAGAAAUAUCCACAACGACCCUGAUGUCAUCAAGCUUCAGGAGAUACCUACUUUUCAGCCACUUCUGAAAGGGGUGCUGAGUGGCCAGACAUCACCCAGCAGCGUCUGUCUGGAAAGGCUGGAUGCUGCUCAGGUUUUGCAGCUUUGCAUCCGAUACCAGGACCACCUGCACCAGUGUGCCGAGGCUGUGGCUUUUGACCAGAACGCCCUCGUCAAGAGGAUCAAAGAGAUGGACUUGUCAGUGGAAACCCUGUUCAGCAUAAUGCAGGAGCGCCAGAAACGCUACGCCAAGUAUGCAGAGCAGAUCCAGAAGGUCAAUGAGAUGUCCAUGAUCCUGAGACGCAUCCAGAUGGGCAUCGACCAGACGGUGCCGCUGAUGGAGCGCCUCAACAACAUGCUGCCUGAAAGCGAGCGCCUCGAGCCCUUCAGCAUGAGGCCUGAUGGGGAGUCUGCCACCAAGUAGCCUCUUGAAAACAAACACAGCUGCUUCAUACCUGAGUCUCCAUCGAGGAGAAAGUGCAGGUCUGUCCAGCUGUAGGGAAUCUAAGACUUGCAAUAACUAAGGAAAGCUGCUGAAGUUUUCCUUUUUCAUGGAGGGCACAGUGCUUCGCUGUAUAUGUUUGAGACUUCUUUGUUCAGCUCUCCAGGUUCAGUUAUUUUUAUUAUUUUAUUCAUCACGGGAGGGUUUGCUAAACAGACAUGUCAAUAAUCAAUAACAUCCAACUCUAUAGACAUACUUAUACCUGCCCAGAGAGGGGGCAGCUCAUGAUGGAUUGCAUUCAGGUUGACUGCAGGGAAUCAAACCCAAGUUCACCUUUGUUCAUCUAUUUCAUUGAAGGAGCAAAAACUUGUUACGGAGUCACAUUGAUCACCAUAUGCUCUAAAUAACUUGUCCUGCAGGUGUUUUGCUGUGUGUAGAGACUCUAUUAUGAAUGUGAGUGAUAAGGAACCUAAUAAAUGGCUGCUGGAGAUUUAUGGACACCUCCCAAAACAUCAGCGCUGCUGAAGGACUUGCAGCAAAUAAAUUUUGGAUUUUGCACCUCACAUUACACAUAUUUGUUGUGCUAUCUGGAUAUUCCUCCUGCUCCCACACCAUAUGCUUCCCUCACUGUUGGAACAUCCUGUCCAGGAACUGCUUGUAUACAGAAUUACUGCUUUGAAUUUUCUAUUUCAUUUUGGGAGACUGUGAUGAAGAUUCGCACAAAAAGAACCAAGAAGGAUUGUUGCACUUGUGUUACACAAGCAGCUCAGACAUACUGUACAAGGGACACAAAACCUGAAGCUUGUGAACUCGAGUUUUGUGUGAGGAGAAAUUGACUUUAAUUUAUUUGGAUGCUUUUGUUUGAGCAGUAGCGUCAUGCCUGUCUGCAUGCUAAACGGUGACAAAAUGAAACGAUGGACUCAGCAGAGACCCAGAUGCUUGAAUUUUUUAGGAGGUUGGUACAGAAAAUGGAUGCUGAGGUAGAAAACAAAACAUUUUGGAGUCAACAGAUCUCUGUCAAAAUCAUCCUGUUUGAUCACUGUAGCAAAUUUCAGCAUUAAUUUUGUGUGUUUGUUUGCUUGUGACAGCCAAACAUCACUCAUACCAAAGAUUCACACAUCCACAAAGCUGGUGAAUAUUAGGUGGCAAUUUGACUCAUUUGAUCCUUAUGAAGAAACUGAUAAAGUUAACUUUGCUGCUUUGUCUUGGCUAGUCUUUGACGCUUUCUGUAUCAUGAGUCAUGCUCUUUACUAGGGAAUGUUUUUAAGGGCCAAUGCCAACAUGGAUCAUUACAAAUCAAGGAGAUUGAUAACCAUCAUUUGGAACUGAGGUAUAUUUACAUUAAAAAUGAAAAUCUUGCUGUCAAAACUUAGAAUAACACACAAGCCAAAACAAAAUGUUGUUAAAAUGCCUUUAUUUAUGUUUCACAUCUGUUUAAUGAAAAGAAACUGUUCAACCUUU